AUGCCGGUGCUACCGAUCAUAAACCGAAAGCGUUCCAUGUCACCUGCCGCCAUUCGGAAGCAAAACAUACUUAAAGCCGUGCAGCACCCGAGAUCCUACACCGUCGAGGCGAUCUGCGCUAUACCACAUCCAGUGCCCACGCAUGCACUUGCUUCCUCCCUAUGCAUGACCCACCUCCUGACGGGAUCGGACGACGGUUAUAUACGCGACUACGAUAUCUUCGCCGCGGUCAACGGCAAAAACUUCCUCACGGCUCAGCAGAGGCACCACUGCGGUGUGAUUGAGGGCACUAUGAAAGCGGGGCAGCUGCGGUGUUGGUGGGAAAACCCAGCGAAACCGCCCGGCUUCGGGGUGCCGGGGCAGAGAGAGUCCCAUUUGGCGCCGGUAUACAGUCUGCUCAUGCAUUCGGAUGCCCUGUGGGCUCUUUCAGGAAGCGAUGAGGGUCAUAUCAACCUCUUUACGGUGCGACACGACCCAGGCAGGCUGUGUGAGGUCCUUGGAGGACAUCGCGGUCACGUCUCCUCCAUGUCUAUGCAACAUGACGAGAAGGGAUUCUUCAGCGCCGGAUGGGAUGGCCUUGCAUUCCACUGGGAUCUCAACACCGGACAAAUUGUGCGCAGCUUUACGACCCACGGCUCCCAGCUCGCUGUGGUCGCGGUGCGACCCGACAAUGACAUGCAGACUGGGUCAGAUGCCGCAUCCGAUUACGAUCCGCUCUUCGACGAACCGGACGCGGAUGGCGAGAUGGAUAUCGACCAGGCUGCCGGCUCUUUCCCUACACAACAGGCAGAUUCUCUUGAGACAUCGUUUCCUAGCCAAUCCAAUCUUGCCAUGCCUAGCGCAGAGCUACCUGCUCCGAACUCGUGGCAGCAAACCACGCCCGCGAAUCCUCCUGCGGCGCCGCGCUCGAACCUCCCCACCAAGAACAUGCCUGCGAUUUUAGACCCCGACACGUAUGCAAGUUACUCUCCCGAUCUGCUGAUGACGGCAAGCAUAGACGGGCAGGUGGUUCUCUGGGACAGGAGAGUGAAUACCACAGGCCGCGGCGUCGGCCGGCUUUGGCUGAGCGAAAAGACUCCGCCAUGGUGCAUGUCCGCAUGCUGGUCCGCGGAUGGCUCGCAGAUCUACGCGGGACGUAGGAAUGGCACCGUGGACGUGUGGGACUUACGGCAACUGGGUGUCUCCGGGCCUGCGGUGACGCCGCGACUGCUGAAAGUGCUGCGAAAUCCGCUAAGCUCGGGCGUGGUUUCAUGCGUGGUGGGAUUUCCGGACAGCAAGCACAUCGCAUGCGCGUCCAUGGAUAAUAUCCGGUUGUGGAACGUAGCGGAAGCGAACGAACCCGAUGCAUCUGGCAGGAUGCGCAGCGGCGUUCAGUUCAAGAUCAUCCCUGGACACCACGGCGGUUUCGUGUCCCAAAUGCUCGUGGACCCGGCCGCGAGGUUCUUGGUGAGCGCGAGCAGCAACCGCGGAUGGCAUGGAGAGUCCAGUCGGACCGUGUUCGUCCACGAGAUCAAGCAUAACUCAUGA